AUGUCCUCCUCAGGCAAUAGAGGCCGACUUCGUCUACCACCUGGGACAACGGUAUAUACCAUCAAAGGAGUUCGAGUAGGCCAGAUCGGCAUGCAGUCACAAGACAACAGUGACAAUUUUGAUCUGGACGAUGCAGCGAACAGGUAUACUGCGGGACGCCCCGAAAAUACCCCAAUGGAUUAUAGCAUGGAUGCCCAAGCCUCAGCCUUCGACGACAGCCCGUUUACAAGUCUUCAAGUCCGUCAACCUUCGGCGUCGUCCACGUCCCCUGCACCAGCGCCGCCGACACCAUUUUCUGAUAUCGGCGCGUUCGCGUCUCCGUUCACCCCUCUCAUGGGAGGGAACCCUCCGGUAUCGACAUCACCCGCGCCCUCUCCGUUUGCCCCCCUCAUGGGAGGCGGUCACCCCACAUCUCAGACCGCUGAGACAUCUCCUUUCGUGGGUGGCUCGCAUCACGCCGAGAGUGACCGCUCCUCUCCCUUUGCGCCGUUAAUGCGCCAACCUCAGGCCCACGGUGCAUACGGCGAUCAUGCAGGCGGCGUGCUUGGGGCUGGCCCACGCAGUGCAUCAUUCGCAUUCCGCAGUGGCUCGGCGCACGCCGGUCAAUACGGGCAGGGUGCAGCAUACACCGAUGAAUCCGAGGACGCGGAAAAGUCAACUGCCAGUGGAGCAAACAGCAGUAUCGACGCCGAGAAUGUUGGGACCGAUCAGUGGGACGAUGAGGCUUUUGUUGCUAUGAAGAAGACCAAGCUCGUUCGAUCAUGGCGCAACGCGACCAUGGUCGAGCUUCUGCAGUCGGAAAUGGGGACCGCGGUCGACGAAAUCUUGUCAGACUUCUUCGAAGUCCUUGUCCGAAAGUCGUUGCCUUCCGGUGUCAGGGCGAAAAUCACCAAUGUGCAGGAAACAGCCCACUUGGUUCGCGUGAACCUGCAAGCGGCGCAACACGACUUGGACCGCCUUUUCCCCACUCUUUCCACUGACAUCAAGGCCCGUAAAAUGGACGCUAAGGCGUUAUCUAGGGUGGGGGGACUGCUUACCCUUCACGCUAUCAAUGCUGAUUAA